UUCGCCCCCGGCCGGCCGAGCUCAGUCGCCUCCAGGACUGUGCCCCGUGCGCCUUCGUGGCCGCCCAGGUCCCGCCGCCGCAGCCCGGCCCGCGAACGCCGGGGUCCGCGCAGGGACACGCGCAGUUGCAUGUUUAAAGAAUGAAGAGGAAGAGUUUAUCUGUUGUGAAUAAAGUUGUCCAAUCUUCACCAGCAAUGAAACAGCCAAAACUUGGGUUCUACUCUUCUCUCAACCAAAGUCACACGUACACUGUUCUUCUAGACUGGAGGAGUUUGCCUCACCAUGUAGUGUUACGCAUUUUUCAGUAUCUUCCUUUAAUAGAUCGGGCCCAGGCAUCUUCUGUAUGUAGGAGAUGGAAUGAAGUUUUUCAUAUCCCUGACCUUUGGAGAAAGUUUGAAUUUGAACUGAACCAGUCAGCAACUUCGUCUUUUAAAUCCUCUCAUCCUGAUCUCAUUCAGCAGAUUGUUAAAAGGCAUGCUGCCCAUCUCCGGCAUAUCAGCUUUAAGGUUGAUAGCAGUACUGAAUCAGUAGAGGCUGCCUGUGAUAUACUUUCUCAGCUGGUAAAUUGUUCUCUCCAGACCUUGGACUUGAUUUCAAUGGCCAACCCAAGUUUUAUGAAUGUGUCAAAGUCUCAUUUUGUGUCAGCACUUACACUUGUGUUUGUCAACUCAAAAUCAUUAUCGUCAAUCAAAAUUGAAGACACACCAGUGGAUGACCCUUCACUGAAGAUUUUGGUGGCCAAUAAUAGUGACACUCUAACACUCCUAAAAAUGAGCAGCUGUCCUUACGUUUCAUCUGAUGGAAUCCUUUGUGUAGCUGAUCACUGUCAAGGCCUUAGAGAACUGGCCUUGAAUUAUUCCAUUCUAAGUGAUGAACUUCUCCUGGCCCUUUCAAGUGAGACUCAUGUUAACCUUGAACAUCUUCGAAUUGAUGUUGUGAGUGAAAAUCCUGGACAAAUUAAAUUUCAUUCCAUUAAAAAACAAAGUUGGGAUGCACUUAUUAAACACUCCCCUGGAGUUAAUGUUGUUAUGUACUUCUUUUUAUACGAAGAGGAAUUUGAGACAUUCUUCACGGAAGAAUCCCCUGUCACUCACCUUUAUUUCGGUCGGUCAGUAAGCAAAGUGGUCCUAGGACGGAUAGGUCCUAACUGCCCACGCCUACUUGAGUUAGUGGUGUGUGCAAACGGUCUUCAGACUCUUGAUAAUGAGCUGAUCUGUAUUGCUCAACACUGUAAAAACUUAACAGCCUUGGGCCUCAGUGCAUGUGAAGUUCGCUGCAGUGCCUUGGUUGAGUUUGUGAGGCUGUGUGGGAGGAGGCUCGCGCAGCUUUCUGUGAUGGAGGAGAUUCUGACCCCCGAUGGGGAUUACGGCCUGGAUAAAAUUCACACUGAGGUCUCCAAACACCUGGGAAGAACGUGGUUCCCGGACGUCAUGCCUGUCUGGUAGCUGGCUACCAGAGAUUCUUCAC